AUGUCGUGGGGCCUGGGCUGGAAGCGCAGCUCCGAGAUCUUCCACCUCACCCUCGACUACGGCGACUACGCCGACACCGACGACCGCCAGCCCUCGUCCCCGCCCGCCCCGGCCUCCUCGUCCCCUUCCUCCUCGGCGUCGUCGACCCCGGCAUGCUCCUCCUCGCCCACCGCCGCCACCCGCAACGGGGACCUCGGCUUCCGCAUCGACCUCGACUGGUCAGCGGGGGACGACGAGGACCAGGUCGCGCUGCGGCUCCAGUCCCAGCUCGUGGUCGCGCUGCCCCCGCCCCACGACGCCGUCUCCGUCGACCUGGCCCCGAUGGACGGCGGGGAGGAACGGGUGCGGAUCGAGAUGCGGGUGGUCCGGAGGCGGGAGGCGCUGCGGUCGGUGCGCGUGUCGCGCGCCCCAGGGUCCGCGUUGGGAAGUGGCGACGGCGGGGGCGUGCUCGCGCGGCUCAUCAGAUCCAACCUCGCGCCCGCGCCGGCAGUGGACGGGCCCACCGCUGCCGCAGGCGUGCCCGUGCUCGCGGAUCACUGGCGCCCAGUCGCCGUGCUCAGCCUCUGCAACUGCGGAUUGUCGGUUCUUCCAGUUGAGUUAACCCGCCUUCCACUUCUUGAGAAGCUAUAUCUUGACAAUAAUAAAUUGUCAGUUUUGCCCCCUGAAGUUGGUGCCUUGAAGAAUAUGAAAGUGCUGUCAGUUAACAACAACAUGCUAAUAUCUGUCCCUGUAGAACUGCGACAAUGUGUUAUGCUGGAGGAAUUAUCACUAGAACAUAACAGGCUUGUCCGACCAUUGUUGGAUUUCAGGUCAAUGCCCAAGCUCCGAAUUUUACGCUUGUUUGGAAAUCCUCUAGAGUUUCUUCCAGAAAUUCUGCCACUGCAUAAUCUCAGGCAUCUCACACUUGCAAAUAUUAGAAUUGAAGCAGUGGAAAGUCUUAAAUCUGUCACUGUGCAAAUAGAGACUGAGAAUAGUUCCUACUUCAUUGCAACCAGACACAAACUUAGCGUCUUUUUCUCUCUUGUUUUCCGUUUCUCUUCCUGUCACCAUCCUUUGCUAGCUUCUGCUUUGGCCAAAAUAAUGGAAGAUCGCAGCAACCAUGUUGCCAUUAGCAAAGAAGAGAAUGCUGUCAGGCAGCUUAUAAGCAUGAUAAGCAGUGAUAAUCGUCAUGUGGUUGAGCAGGCAGGCCUUGCUAUUUCAUCAUUGGCAUCUGAUAUUACAUCAGCCAUGCAGCUGAUUAAGUGUGACAUUAUGAAGCCUAUUGAAGCUGUACUAAAAUCAUCUGAUGAAGAAGAGUUAGUAUCAGUAUUGCAAGUAGUCGUCACCUUAACUUUUGUUUCCGAUCACGUUGCUCAAAAGAUGUUGACGAAAGAUGUGCUGAAGUCACUGAAAGCACUUUGUGCACAUAAGAACUCCGAGGUGCAACGUCUAUCUCUAUUUGCAGUCGGCAAUUUGGCUUUCUGCUUGGAGACUCGUCGCACACUCAUGCAUUCUGAAAGCUUGCGUGACCUUUUAAUCCGCUUAACUGUAUCACAAGAGCGUCAUGUGGCAAAGGCAGCUGCACGUGCUUUGGCAAUCUUAGGGGAGAAUGAGAACUUGCGUCGAGCAAUAAGAGGAAGGCCAGUUGCUAAGAAGGGCCUACGCAUUCUAUCAAUGGAUGGUGGUGGCAUGAAAGGCCUUGCAACUGUUCAAAUGCUUAAACAGAUAGAGCAAGGAACUGGGAAACGCAUACAUGAAAUGUUUGACCUUAUAUGUGGUACAUCCACUGGUGGCAUGCUUGCAAUGGCUCUUGGAAUCAAGCAGAUGACUUUGGAUCAGUGUGAAGAAAUAUACACAAAACUUGGAAAACAUGUGUUUGCUGAACCUAUCCCAAAGGAUGAAGCUGCUACUUGGAAGGAGAAGAUCGAUCAACUUUUCAAAAGUUCGUCACAAAGUUUUAGAGUGGUUGUACAUGGGUCCAAGCACAGUGCAGAUCAAUUUGAGAGGUUACUAAAGGAAAUGUGUGCCGAUGAAGAUGGCGACCUUCUAAUUGAAUCUGCUGUAAAAGGCAUUCCGAAGGUUUUUGCUGUAUCCACUUUAGUCAGUGUCAUGCCUGCCCAACCAUAUAUAUUCCGUAACUAUCAGUAUCCUCCUGGCACUUUGGAGGUAUCACCAGGAAUGGCAGAAAGUCCGUCAAUUGGUGCAAUCGGUACGACUGUUUCUGGUGCACCAGUUGGUAUUAAACGCGGUGCCUUCAUGGGGAGCUGCAAGCAUCGUGUGUGGGAAGCGAUAAGAGCAUCUUCUGCAGCUCCAUAUUAUCUGGAUGAUUUUUCUGUUGAUGCAAAUCGUUGGCAAGACGGAGCUAUUGUAGCCAACAAUCCCACAAUCUUUGCCAUAAGAGAAGCACAACUUUUGUGGCCAGAUACACGGAUAGAUUGUCUAGUCUCGAUAGGAUGUGGAUCAGUUCCAAUUAAGAGUCGGAGAGGUGGAUGGCGCUACUUGGACACAGGGCAAGUGUUAAUAGAAAGUGCGUGCUCAGUGGAAAGAGUUGAAGAAACUUUGGAUACUCUGAUACCAAUGCUUCCCGAGAUGCAAUAUUUCCGCUUUAAUCCAGUUGAUGAACGGUGUGGUAUGGAGUUAGAUGAGACUGAUCCUGCAAUCUGGCUUAAGUUGGAAGCUGCAACUGAGGAGUACAUUCAGAAGAAUUUUCUGGCUUUCAAGAAUCUUUGUGAGCUUCUGGUCCCAAGAUACCAAGAGGAAGAAAAGUCAUCUGAUAUUUACAAAUCCCUGUCAUUUUCAAGAUUGACGUCAUUAAAUCAAGGUUUCAGUGAAAGUAAUCCUACCUUAGGGUGGAGGCGUGUGGUUUUACUUGUGGAGGCUUCAUUUAGUCCUGAUUUUGGGAAGAAAAUAAAUCAUGCACGUUCCCUUGAAUCUUUCUGCUCCCAGAAUGGUAUUAGAUUAGCUCUUAUGAACAGUGCUUCUGGGUUUGGAAAGCCAGCCACUUCACUUCCUACUCCAAUAACUUCUCCCUUGUUUACUGGAAGUUUCCCAUCUAGUCCACUUCUAUACAGUCCAGAGGGCACUCAACGGAUUGGUCGAAUCGACCUAGUUCCGCCGCUUAGCUUGGAUGGCCACCCAACUACAAAAUCCUCACCGCCAACAUCACCACUGAAGUCAAGGCAGCCAUCGGCACAUGUUAGGUCAUUGUAUGAUAAAUUGCAGAAUAUGCCUCAAGUCGGUGUGAUACACCUGGCUCUUCAAAAUGAUUCAACUGGUUCAGUAUUGAGUUGGCAAAAUGAUGUAUUUGUGGUUGCUGAACCCGGAGAACUUGCAGACAGGUUUCUGCAGUCUGUCAAAACUAGCUUGUCAAACUUGUUGCGUGGGCGUAAUAGCAAAGGCGCAUAUUCCUUGUCCAAGAUUUCAUGUUUAUCUGAGUUGGUUGCCGAAUGGCCAUCUUUUGAAAUUGGUGGGAUACACCACCGCUAUAUAGGUCGUCAAACACAAGUAAUGGAAGAUAACCAAGAAAUUGGUGCGUAUAUGUUUAGGAGAACAGUGCCUGCUGUUCACAUGGCACCUGAAGAUGUUCGAUGGAUGGUUGGAGCAUGGAGGGAGAGGAUCAUUGUAUGCAGUGGUAAGUAUGGCCUUGCGCAUGGCCUGGUGAAGGCAUUCAUGGACUCUGGCGCAAAAGCAGUCAUCUCUUCAUCCAUUGAGCCUCCAGAUUCCCAGGCAAUAGCCUACUAUGGGAUGGAUGUAAAUGGAAGCCUGGAGAAUGGGAAGUUUGUCAUUGGUGAUGAGGAAGCUGACGAGUCGGAACCUGAACCUGUCAGCCCUAUAAGUGACUGGGAGGACAGCGACGCUGAGAAGAGUGGCAACCAUGACAUGGACGACGAGGAGUACCUGGCUCAGUUUAUGUGCUUGUUGUACGACAAGUUGUUCCGCGAGGGUGUGACGGUGGACACCGCUCUGCAGCAGGCGCUCCGAUCACAUCCCAAGUUGAAGUAUAGCUGCCACUUACCCAGUGUUUUGUAGUUAGUGACACUGACAAACCGUACAAAAAUACACCAGAAUGGACAUGAAAAAUACAGGAAAGGAAUAAGGAUAGGGCAGAUUCAUAGUGGGGUUAUAGAGGUCAUAUCGUGUUUGUUGUGCAGGCGCAGGUAACAGAAUGUAUCCCCUACUGAAUCUUUUGCCAAGAAAGGCUCUGUAAAAGUAUAUGUACUCUGGACAUAGUAGUGAAGCUGAUUAAUAAAAAGCAUUAGGGCUUUGAUA